AUGUCGGCGCUUCAGAAGAGAAACGAUGCAGUGGACAUCAAUGGUUUCACCAACACGGUGACAACCGACAACCACAUUACCAGUGCUGGUAGCAGCUGGUACUUCGCUGUCUGCGCGAUCAUGGGUGUUGCAGCUCUUGCGUUCAUGGGUCUCUCGUUCAAGAAGCACCGCAGUCAGCGCAUCUUCCACUACAUCACCGCCGCCAUCUGCAUGGUUGCCUGCAUUGCAUACUUCGCCAUGGGUUCCAACCUGGGAUGGACUGCCAUCCAGGUUGAAUUCCCUCGCUCCGACCCCAAGGUCAGCGGCUUGAUGCGCCAGAUCUUCUACGUCCGCUACAUCGACUGGUUCGUCACGACACCUCUUCUUCUGGCUGACCUGCUCCUCACUUGUGGUCUGCCCGGACCUACCAUUCUCUACGUCAUCCUCGUCAACGAGAUCAUGGUUGUUACCGGUCUUGUUGGUGCCCUUGUAAAGUCAACCUACAAGUGGGGUUUCUUCACCUUCGGAACCGUUGCAUUCCUCUUUGUCGCCUACAGCGUCGUCAUUGAGGGCCGUACAUACGCCAAGGCUCUCGGCGCAGACAUUCACAAGACUUACAUCCUCUGUGGUGUCUGGACCAUUGCUCUCUGGUUCCUGUACCCCAUCGCCUGGGGUCUGUCUGAGGGCGGCAACGUCAUCAGCUCCGAUGGCGAGGCUGUUUUCUACGGUGUUCUCGAUAUCCUUGCCAAGCCCGGCUUCGGUGCUCUGCUCAUUUGGGGUCACCGCAACAUCGACCUGGCAAGACUUGGUCUGCACUUCAAGGACCCUGAGGAUCACGCCAACUCGAUCGGAAACGAGAAGCACCGCAAUGGAGCCGACUCGCGCAGCCACGGCGUCACAUCUGGCACUGACGCGACCACUACAACAAACACCACUACUACCACCCACGUGUAA